CUGAAGCGUGGAUUUGGUAUAUUGAAGGGUUCCCUGUUACCGGUUCGUUUACAUCUGAGGAGGGAGAUGGCAAAGAGCAAGUUUGAGUACGUGAGAGAUUUCGAGGUGCAGGACACGUGUCUACAGAACUGCUGGGUGGUGGUGAGAGUGGACGGCAGGAACUUCCACAGAUUCUCAGAGCAGCACAACUUCGCCAAACCCAAUGAUCCCCAGGCUCUGCUACUCAUGAACCACUGCGCCAAGAAUGUGAUGGAUGAAAUUAAAGACAUCUGUCUGGCAUAUGGGCAAAGUGAUGAAUAUAGUUUUAUCUUUCACAAGAAAUCAAACUGGUACAAGAGGCGGGCAAGCAAGUUUAUGACGCACGUGGUUUCACAGUUUGCCUCCAGUUACGUCUUCUAUUGGAAUGAAUUUUUUCCGAAACAGCCGAUCCUCUAUCCUCCAGGGUUCGAUGGAAGAGUAGUGCUGUAUCCCAGCGUGCAAAACUUGAAGGAUUACCUCAGCUGGAGACAAGCGGACUGUCACAUUAACAACUUGUACAACACAGUGUUUUGGGCCCUGGUACAGAAGGGAGGACUGACCCCAGCACAGGCUCAGGACCGGCUAAAGGGUACACUCGCCGGAGAUAAAAAUGAAAUAUUGUUUUCAGAGUUCAGCAUCAACUACAACAAUGAGCCUGUAAUGUACCGAAAGGGCUCCAUCGUUAUAUGGAAUAAGGUCAAUGAGAUAAGCAAAAAGGUAAUAAAGUUACCACAUGGCAGAGGAAAGGAAGUGGAGGUGUGCCGGGUGCGGAACCAGCCUGUCAUCCUGCACUGUGAUGUCAUCAGCGACACGUUCUGGGAGGAUCAUCCAGGUGUUCUUUCUAGUGAAAGUUGAUCAUUUUAAGAUUUACUGGAUCCUAACACUAUUCUGUGAAUGGAGUGUGGACCAAAGAUCUGUUCUUAGACUCUGUUUUAUUAAAUAUUUAAUAAAGUUAAACAUUUUUAUUUUGUUAAA